CCUGUUUCCUGCAGAGUUUUGUCCUUCUCUGUGGGGUCGGCACCUCCACCCCUCUUCCUGAGACAUAAUCCCGUCUGCAUGUCGUCCAGCAACAACAGGAGCACCCAGGAGUUAAUCUGGAUCAUGAUGCUGCUCUCGCUUUCAGGGAGAAAGAUAGGAUCAGCGUGACGGAAAGCCUUUGACGGAUGACAGGAGAGGAUUUCUUUCUCUCCGCUGCGACCUCGGCACAGAUUGAGGAAGGAGCCGACCACCGCAUUGCCAUUCACUAAUGAAGAUGCUGGGGGCUGGGAGUUAAAGCCCUCCACCAGAGGGAAGCUGGUUCACAGCUGGGGCUGGGCCCCUGCCUCAGGUGGGGGUGAAGAGCCCUCACGGCCCCCUGCGGGUCUGGACCAUGGGUGAUGGAGGUGUCGGUGCAACUGGAGGAGAUGGGGCCAACCAGUCUCAUGUUCUGUUCGACAACUUUGUCCAGGCGACGACAUGUAAAGGCACCCUGAAGGCCUUCCAGGAGCUGUGUGAGCGCCUGGAGGUGAAGCCCAGUGAGCACAGGAUCUUCUAUCACAAGCUCAAGUCCAAACUUAACUACUGGAAGGCAAAGGCUCUCUGGGUGAAGUUAGACAAGAGGGCCUGCCAGAAGGAGUACAAGAAGGGACGUGCCUGUGCCAACACAAAGUGUCUGAUCAUCGGUGCGGGGCCAUGUGGUUUACGGACUGCCAUCGAGCUGGCUUUCCUGGGGGCCAGAGUGGUGCUCCUGGAGAAGAGGGAUGCCUUCUCCAGAAACAACGUGCUGCACCUUUGGCCCUUCACCAUCCACGACCUCAGAGGCCUUGGGGCCAAGAAGUUCUAUGGGAAGUUCUGCGCUGGUGCUAUCGAUCAUAUCAGUAUUCGUCAGCUUCAGCUAAUGCUGCUCAAAAUGGCCCUCCUGCUGGGGAUCGAGAUCCAUGUCAACGUAGAGUUCAAGGGACUUAUCGAGCCGCCUGAUGACCAGGAGAGUGAGAGGAUAGGCUGGAGGGCUGAGGUCCACCCCAGGACACACCCUGUCAGCGAGUUGGAGUUCGAUGUCAUCAUUGGAGCAGAUGGAAGGAGGAACACACUACCAGGAUUUCGACGGAAGGAGUUCCGGGGGAAGCUCGCCAUCGCCAUCACCGCCAACUUCAUCAACAGGAACACAACGGCGGAGGCGAAGGUGGAGGAGAUCAGCGGCGUGGCCUUCAUCUUCAACCAGAAGUUCUUUCAAGAUCUCAGGGAGGCAACAGGUAUUGACCUGGAAAACAUUGUGUAUUACAAGGAUGACACACAUUACUUUGUGAUGACUGCCAAAAAACAGAGCCUGCUGGAGAAAGGAGUUAUUCUGCAUGACUAUGCAGACACUGAGCUGCUCCUGUCCAGGGCUAACGUAGACCAGGCUGCCUUGCUGUCCUACGCGCGUGAAGCUGCAGAUUUCUCCACCAACCACCAGCUGCCCACCCUGGACUUCGCCAUCAACCACUACGGCCAGCCCGAUGUCGCCAUGUUUGACUUCACAUGCAUGUACGCCUCGGAGAAUGCCGCCAUGGUCCGCCAGCGCAACGGCCACAAGCUGCUGGUGGCGCUAGUGGGCGACAGCCUUUUGGAGCCGUUCUGGCCCAUGGGCACCGGUAUUGCGCGCGGUUUCCUGGCAGCCAUGGACUCCGGCUGGAUGGUGAAGAGCUGGGCGCAGGGAAAAACUCCUCUGGAGGUUCUGGCCGAGAGGGAGAGCAUAUACCGGCUUCUGCCUCAGACAACACCGGAAAAUGUCAGUAAGAACUUCAGUCAGUACAGCGUGGAUCCGACCACACGCUACCCCAACAUCAGCCUGAACUUCCUCAGGCCCAGUCAGGUGCGACACCUCAUUGACACGGGAGAAGGAAGGGAAAUCCGAAUUGAAAUUGAGAAUGUGAUCAACUCGUCGACGCCGAAGUUAGCCCGGAAUGACAAUUACCUGCUUGACAAACAGUUUCAAGAAUCCAUUGCUCGAUCCAGUAAGCUGCUGAACUGGUGCCAGAGGCAGACGGAAGGAUACAGGAACGUCAGCGUGACGGACCUCACCAUGUCGUGGAAGAGCGGCUUGGCGCUGUGCGCCCUCAUUCACCGAUACAGACCCGAUCUCAUAGACUUUGACUGUCUGGAUGAGGAGAACCAUGAGAGGAACAAUCAGCUGGCGUUCGACGUGGCAGAGAAGGAGUUUGGCAUUUCGCCAUGCAUGACCGGCAAGGAGAUGUCCUCAGUGGUGGAGCCAGACAAGCUCUCCAUGGUCAUGUACCUCAGCCAGUUUUAUGAGAUGUUUAGAGACACAGUGCCACCUGGAGAUAACCACAACCUGAGUCCAGAGGAGAAAGCUGCGCUGAUUUCCAGCACAAAGUCUCCCAUCUCCUUCCUCAGCAAGCUGGGUCAGAGCAUCGCUAUUUCCAGGAAGAGAAACCCCAAGGAUAAAAAGGAAAAGGAUGUGGACGGUUUGGGCAAAAGGAGGAAAACCAGUCAGUCUGAAGAUGAGGACGUUUCCAGGUCCUGUCGGGAAGAACGGCCGUCUGUCCCUGCUGUCCUGUCAGAGAGAAAAAUGGACUGUGCUGCUGCAGGAAACCACAACAAAGUGAAGGUGAUGGCCACCCAGCUGCUGGCCAAGUUCGAAGAGAACGCCCCGGCUCAGCCUUCAGGCCUCAAACGACAGGGGGACUCUCUGCCCAACCUGGACCACAUUUUGCCCCUUUGCCCUCCACCAAACCCUGUGAACGAGCCAGUGCGCCUGGCUCCUGUCCCUGCAUGGAGAAAGAGACGCACCCAACAGCAGGAGAAGCUGAGCAUUCGCUACAAAGAAAUGGUCAAAUGUCAGACGCUACCCAGCCUAGGGGAUCAGGCCAGAAGCGCUGCAGAUCAAACGUCCAGCUCGGGCUCUCGGAGCUGCCCAAAGAAAACCAUUCUGCUCCCUUCCUCCUCCUCCACUUCCUCGCUCUCUCUUCACUCAGAGAAUUUACCCUCAGAGGAAGAGGAGCUUGAAUACUAUGAAAGGCCUCUGACACACAGGGAAGGGAAGCAGUCACUCACAGUUGACCUCGCUCCCAUUCACAUCCCUGGUAUUCAGGAGCGGGCCGACCGCCUCAUCUCCAAGUUUAAGGGCAAAGCUGAUAAAUCACCAAAGCCUAAGAAAAAGCCAUCCCGUUUCUUUUUAGAGCAGUGGUUCUUGACCCGAGGCCUGAGUCAGAGCCCAGUGUCACCUCUGUCCUCCUCUGAAGCUUCCAGAAAGGAGCCAGUGAGGCCUCUGGACUCUGAGCAGAUGCCCAUAUAUGUGCUUAGUAUUCAGGAAAGAGCCGAACAACUUGAAUUUCAGUUGGAAGGCAAGCAAGUCGGGCCGCAGCCAAAGAAAAAACCCUCUCGUUUUUUUAUGGAGCGAUGGCACCUGGCCCGCGCCCAGAGCCCCCCCGACACCCCCCCGUCCGCCUGCUCCAGACAGCACUUGGUGAGGAUGUACACAGGGGGAGUUAGCACCCUGGCUGAGCAGCUAGCCGGCCAGCUUCAGUCUCAGGAAGAGUCCAAACCCACACAUGUACCAGAAAGGAGGGAUUUGGGUUCUUUCAGGAAAGAGUUCCCCGUCAACAUUGGCGGCAGCGACGUCUGCUUCUUCUGCCGGAAGAGAGUCUACGUCAUGGAGAGGCUGAGCGCGGAGGGGAAGUUCUUCCACCGCAGCUGCUUCAAAUGCGACUACUGCGGGACAACGCUGCGACUUUCCUCCUACGCAUUUGAUGUGGAGGACGGGAAAUUUUACUGCAAGCCUCACUACUGUUACCGACUGUCUGGUUACGCCCAGAGGAAGAGGCCGGCUCCUUCUCCUUCUCCCGCUCCGGUCUCAGCUAAGGAAAACCAGAUGCCCCUAACUCCGAUUCAGACCGUGGACGGCCCCAGCAGGGCGGCGGCGGCGGCUCCCUCGGCUGAGAUCCCGCCCUCAGCACCGGAGGUCAACGGGGUGCCGGAGCCCAGCAUGGCUAAACGUCUCCGUGGAACCCCGGAGAGGAUCGAGCUGGAGAACUACCGCCUGUCCCUGCAGCGGGAGGAGGAGCUGGAGGAGGUGCCGGAGGAGACGCUGGCCGAGCACAACCUGAGCAGCGUGCUGGACAAAGCCACCGACGUCGAUUUGGGCUCCAGUAGCUCUGAGUCUGACAUGGAGGAAGAGGAUGAGCAGGAGGAAGAGGCAGAGGUGGAGGAAGAGGCGGAGGUGGAGGAGCAGCCGGCCAGCCCGUCGGACCUCGGUGGCGUUCCCUGGAAGGAAGCCGUGGAGCUCCACGCCAAACUGCGAGGCGGUGAGCUGGAGGACGAAGCUCUGGCGGAUGCUGCCAGCAGGGAUGGAGACGUGGAGGAAGACGAGGAAGAAGAAGAAGAGGAGGAGGAAGAUGAGGAAGAAUCCAGUGAUGAGGGGGAUUACUGCCCCUGGGACAGAGAGCUGCAGUCAGGUCUGUGGCUGGAGAAGCACCUCACUGAUGAAGAGGAUGUUGGUAAAUUCAAAGCCAGGAACAUACAGAUCCAGCAGCUCCUCCAGCCGGUGGAUCCCAGCGCCAUUCCGAGUUUGGCGAGAGCGCGGCGGGAUUCUGACCAGGACGGCCCGGUGGGUUCUGAGCCCACUCUUCCCCCCUCCACAGCCCCCGCCCACACAUCCACCCGACACGAGGCAGUGAGGGUCUGGUUGGAGUCGUUGUCUGGAGAACCGUGUGAGGAUGAAGAGCUGGAAGCUGAAGCAGACAGUCCGGACAUGGAGCCCGGCACGGAGCUGGACCAAGAUGACAUUCCUUCGGAUGCAGAAGCUGAGGCUCGGCUGCACCAGUCAGAGCAAGACGAAGCUCCUCCAGAGGAAAACAAGGACACAGAAAGUCUGGGGAAAGACUCCAGUAUUGACCCAGCCAGCACCAGCUCACUGCUGAAGGACGACAUCGUUCUUUCCCCCCUCAAACCGCCGGCUGAGCCUGUCAGCCCAGUGAAAUCUCCCGGCAUCCGUUUCUUCCCGGUUCCCUUCUUACCGGAGGAAGAGAAGACAGCUGUGUCCCCGGCUGUCAGGAACCCGCUCAGCCCUUCAUCCGUUUCAUUUUCCGCUCCCAUCCUGUCUCCCGCUCCUGCCGUCACCCUCCCCUCUGUCUCCCCUUCUUCUUCCCCUCCUGUCUCACCCGUCGCCUCUCCGCUGAAGCCAUCUGGCCAGUCGCCUGUCAGCUCGCCUGUCAAGUCGCCGCUCAGCUCCCCGAUUCGCUCCCAGCCCAUUUCACUUCCAGAAACACGCACGCCUAAAUCCCCGGUCUUCCCCCACCGCUCCAUCUGCCCUCUGACAGGAAACCCCCUUUCCCCGAUCUGCGCCCAGCCUUUGCCCUGCCAGGAAGCCUCCUCACCUCUGACCUCUGACUCCCCCGUCAGGACACAGCCCGUCAGCUCAACGCCCGAGCCGCUCAGGUCCGCCGACUCCUCCAUUGAGGAAAACGCCUCGAAAAAGUCAGACAUCAUCGAGGAGUUCUGGCUGAAGAGUGCAGAGAUCCGGAAGAGCCUCGGCCUCUCUCCUUUAGACCGAAGCAGUAAAAUCCUGGAGAAGACCCCGAUACCGGACCCGACCCCUGUGAAGACGCCGUCCACCAGGGAGCCAAAGCCGGCGUUUACCGGCCGCACCGUCAUACGCAGACUCAACAUCACCCUGGAGGGGCAAGUCAUCACGCCGAUCGCUCCCGCUCCGGCCAAGAGUGACACAAACCUAACGGCGAACGGUGACAGCGGCAACACGUCGGACUCCACCAUGCUCACCCCGCCCUCCAGUCCACCGCCACCCGUCCCCGCCAACCAGUCUCCGGCGGUGCUCAGGCAGAAGAGACACCAGGCGUCUUGGAGCAACGGCACAGAAAAGCUUCCAGCCGACGCUCCGGUUCCUGCGCCCAGGACGCAGCUGAGUCCCACCCCCGCACCCAGGAAACUGUCGUCCCCUGAGGCAGCGCCACAGACCGCCCCGGUUGUGAUAAUGAGGGAGAAGAAGAAGCAACCUCGGCCGGCUGAGGUCAGGAAAUCGUUUGUGGAGACGGUUGAGGAGAUUCCUUUUGCCGACGACGUGGAGGAGACGUACGAUGAGCGCACGGCAGAAACGAGCCAGAAGAAGAGUCAGGCGCCUCCCGCCAUCAAGCCGCCGCUGCACCUGGCGUUAGCCAUGGAGAACGGUAAGCCGAACAUCCCAGUAAUCCCAGUCUCCAAAUCCCAGAGGGCCACUCGGUUUUCCCCAGAGGCCAAGGAGAUCGCUGAAGAGAGAAUCAGAGCAAGAGAGAAAUCUGUGAAGAGCCAAGCUCUCAAAGACGCCAUGGCCAAGCAGCUGAACAAAAUGAAAGAGUCCGACCUGAACAGGAGCGUCUCCCCUAAGAUGGCCUGGAGCGCCACUCCGGAUUCAGCUGGAAAGACCAAAAAGUCACCCGGAUCUCCCAAAACGUCGGCCGUGAAGGCGCUGGAGUCAAAGAAAGAGUCUGUUCCUGAGCGUUUCUUCAGCAGCAACAAGAGUCUGGACAGCUCAGUGGCGUCGUCAGAGGGAUCAUCAACGGGCAAGAGCAAGAAGCGGAGCUCCCUCUUCUCACCCCGCAAGAACAAGAAGGAGAAGAAAGCCAAAAACGACGGCAGCAGGCACUCUGGCGCCGAGGAGACGCCGCCCAAACACAAGUCGCUGUGGAAGGCCGUGUUCUCUGGCUACAAAAAGGACAAGAAGAAGAAGGACAACAAGUCGUGUCCGAGCACGCCGUCGUCCAGCUCCACCACCCAGGACUCGGGGAAGAAGAGGAUGUCGCCUCUGGGGAAAUCCUCAGACUUAAAGACUCGGAGGAACCUGAGCUUUUCUGAGGACUCGGACCUGUCCUGUGAUGAUGUUCUGGAGAGGUCGUCCCAGAAAUCAAAGGCAGAUCGGCACAUGGACAUCUUUGACCUAGUGUCAGGCAUGCAGAAGGAGGCAAUAAAGGAGGAGAGUCUGGAAAAAGAGAGGAGGAGGGAGAUAAAGAGGAAAAAGAGGGCAAAAGAGGGUCUGAAAGAAAGGGAGCCUGAAAAGGAGGUUGGCCAAGAAAAGGAGAAAGACAAUGAGGAGAAAACCUACACAGAGGAGGAGCUGAAUGCCAAGCUCACACGCAGAGUCCAGAAAGCCGCCCGGCGGCAAGCGAAGCAGGAGGAGCUCAAAAGGCUGCAUCGCGCUCAGAUCAUCCAGAGGCAGCUGGAGCAGGUGGAGGAGAAGCAGCGGCAGCUGGAGGAGCGGGGUGUAGCCGUGGAGAAAGCACUGAGGGGAGAAGCAGGCUUGUAUAAAGGUACUUGUACAUUACCCAAACAGCACAAAAGAAGAUCAGACUAUUGGGGAGAUUCUAAUUACAGUGAAAUCCUGGACUUGCAUCUGGGCGUUGAGCCCUUUGUGGGGAUGCCUCGUCGGAGACCACUCUCCCUCUGCCCUUGCUGUUCCUCUGAAGCUCAGCUCCAUCCUGGAGACCACAGCCAUGCCGUUUAUUUGUGUAUGGGCAAGAAGGACGACCCGAAGCUGAUGCAGGAGUGGUUCAAGCUGGUGCAGGAGAAGAACGCCCUGGUCCGCUAUGAGUCGGAACUCAUGAUAUUUGCCAGAGAGCUGGAGCUGGAGGACCGGCAGAGUCGGCUGCAGCAGGAGCUCCGGGAGCGGAUGGCUGUGGAAGACCAUCUGAAAACCGAGAAGGAGCUGGCUCAGGAAAAGCAGAUCCUGAAUGAAAUGCUGGAGGUGGUGGAGCAGCGCGACGCCCUGGUGGCCCUGCUGGAGGAGCAGAGACUUCGGGAAAAGGAGGAGGACAAGGACCUGGAGGCAGUCAUGCUCUCUAAGGGAUUCAACCUGAACUGGGCCUGAAAGCUGACACACAAGCAAGAAAAACACAGGGUUUGUCUCGUCAAGCAGCAGCGCAAACUCCACUCAAGUUGUCUGAAGAUAGACACGAGCAAACGAUCCGGAACUGUCACACCUACAGCACUGAAUGUGUAGAUAUGUGUCCAACACAACAAACACGCCGCUGCUGCCUCCGACACUGACGCAGCGUUCCCAGAUCCCCGCCUGAAGGCGGUCCAACUUAAUCACUCUGCAGUUGGGUUCCUCUCCCUCUGUGUGGGAGGAGAGCCGAGUUCAUAUUCACUAGUUUAUCAUCGCAGCCUUGAAGAGGAUCCUUUCAGGCCCCGGGGCCCACAAGGAGGAUGUGUGGAGACUUUAUAAAGGGAAGAAUCAGUUCAGUCCUGCUGAUGUAAAGAAAUUGUAAAGUUUUUGUGUAUAAAUGUGUUGAACAACAUUUUCUGCAGAGGUGUGUUGAAACAUUCAGCUGCCUUUCUCUCCAGUGACAGAGUGUUUAUCCUAAUGAACCACACAGCCCUGAACGGCCAUGUUUUUGUCCUCCUCAACUGUGUUUAGUGAGUCAACACUAAGAAUUCAUUAACUCUGGCCACCUUUUUUAGUUCUUUUUUAUAUUUCUAUGUUUGCUUUUAAAAGAUGAACACUUUUUUCUGUUGCAUUCACAGGAGAGUGCCCAGGAUCUCAUUAUCUUCUGCAUAAGCCCCCUGCACUCCUAAGCCAUUGUGUGUCAGUAAUGCGGCUGCAGGCUCAUGCAGCAGAGCAACUUGACGUGUCUUUAAUCAUUUCUCAGACUCGAUAACGCCCGGCCUCUCCGGGAGAAGCGCCGUUUUACGGUAAAUCACACUGACAGUUAAAAGUUUACAGAAACGCGUUUGAUUAUCGGGUGGCUAUUGAUGGCGCUGCGGGAGGCGGGACGCGUUCGGCUGGUGGAGGGAGCAGAGUUAUCGGUGUGAUCUCGUUAUACCAGCAGAGGUCUGGAGUUCCUGUCACUCACUCUGUGCCACAGGAAGUUCUCGGUUACACUACAGACGAAUCGAGGCUCAUGCUGAAUAUUUGAACAAGAUGCCUUUUGAAGUUUUCUUUUCCACACUAAUUACUCCACUACUCCAGUUUUUUGUUUUUAAGGUAGGACUAAGUUUUUAAAUCUAUUCUGCUUCAUGCAAAUCAGUUAGAAAGAAUCCAAAACUGUUAAAAGUGCAGCAGAGGGUACGGUUGAAAACCCCGACGUGAUCAGUGGAUACAGUUACACAACUUUAAAGGCUGUUGUUUUUCAAUGGCGUGUGAAACGUUUGACGUGAUUGUACUGAUAUUUAUUAACGUGUGAAAACUGUACCAUAUGUAAAGAAAAUCCUAAUUUGUAAAACUGUUCUGCUGACACAUGGACUGCAAUGUAAAUGCUUCAUCAUGUAGCUAGAAUGCAUAGAUGUAUGCAAUAAAACAAUGCAGUUGUUCUUUUA